GGAAGGGCCUCUAUCAAGAAACACCUGGGAGGGCUCAUCCACCCGAAAUACACCCACUCUCUCCCGGAGAAAGCAGGAAUACACCCACUCUCUCCCGGAGAAAGCAGGCCACCCCUUCCACCCUGGUGAGUCAGCACCCGGCCAGAAUCAACAGGACUUUUGCCCCUUGCCCGCGGCAAGGCUUGCCCUGCUCUGGUUCAGGUCCCUCCAGGACUCUGGAUACUGUCUGCCUGGGAUGUCUGGCAGCAUGGCUGCUCUGCCCCGGCAGGGGAUCAUCAUACUCACCUAUGUGCUGGCAGCCCUGGAGCUAACGUGUCUCUUCAUGCAGUUCUCCAUCCUACCAUAUCUGUCUCGGACACUGGGCCUAGAUUCUGUCUCCUUUGGCUACCUACAGACAACCUUUGGGGUGCUUCAGCUGUUGGGUGGGCCUGUGUUCGGCAGGUUCGCAGACCAGUGCGGGGCAAGAGCGGCACUCUCACUCUCCUUCCUGGCGGCCUCUGCUCUGUACCUGCUCCUGGUGGCCUCCUGUAGCCCAGCCCUGCCUGGUGUCUUCCUGCUCUUCGCCUCACGCAUACCCUCUGCCCUCAUGCACACACUUCCAGCCGCCCAGAUGGUCAUCACUGAUCUGACAGCGCCCACAGAGCGGCCCGCAGCACUGGGCCGGCUGGGCCUCUGCUUUGGCAUUGGAAUUAUCUUCGGCUCCCUACUUGGCGGGACCCUUAACACCGCAUACGGGAUCCAGUGUCCUGCCAUCCUGGCUUUUGUGGUCACCCUCCUAGGAGCUGUCCUCAGCUUUACCUGUGUCCCUGCUACCACCAAGGAGGCCAGUGUCCAGUCAGCUCCUCAGGGUGGAACCAAGGCCAGUGUAUUUGACCUGAAGGCCAUCACCCGCCUGCUACUGCUGCCUAGAGUGCUGCCUGUAUUCCUGGUCAAGGUAAUCUCUGGCCUCCCUUCAGGGCCUGGCAUCACGGCUGGUCUGCUCCUCUACCCAGGACUCUUCUUGGUGAUGUUUUCCAUCAUCUCUAUGGACUUCUUCCAGCUGGAGGCUGCACAGGCUGGCUACCUCAUGUCCUUCUUCGGGAUCCUCCAGAUGAUGAUCCAAGGCCUGGUCAUUGGGAGGCUGAGCACCCAUUUUCCAGAGGAAGCCUUGCUGCGAUCCAGUGUGCUGGUCUUUGCUGUUGUGGGACUGGGCAUGGCGCUGAUGUCCAGUGUGCUCCAUUUCUGUUUUCUGAUGCCUGGGCUGGUAUUCAGUCUCUGUACUCUCAACGUAGUCACAGACAGCAUGCUGACCAAGGCUGUGUCCGCUUCAGACACAGGGACCAUGCUGGGCCUCUCUGCAUCUGUGCAACCAUUGACCCGAACUCUAGGACCCACCCUAGGUGGCCUGCUGUACCGUAGCUAUGGUGUCCCCAUCUUUGGCCAUGUGCAGCUCAUGGUGAACUUGCUUGUCCUAUUGGUCCUUUGGAAGAAGCCAUUGUCCCAGAAGGGAGAAAAAGCCCGGUGACCACAAAGCCCAGUGACUUGGCCCAGUCCGGCAAUAAACUUAAGAACCUCUUCCUCUUAAAA